CGGAGCAGAGCAGAGCGGAGGAGAGCAGCACAGCAGCAACCACAGCCACUGUUACGGGAUCCGCGUUUAGGCCAGGACGAAGCGAGCGUGACGCCGAAUGGCAGCCAAUGGCUUCGAUUGGGAGCCAGUCAAACAUGGUCCAUCGACGGGAGAUGAACAGCACCGAGAGCAGCAUCCGCCAGCAGAUUCGCAAGUCCGUUCGCUGCCAGAAGCCAAAACCCAAGGCAAAGCCAACCGAACCGGGCCAGUUCUAAGGAAACGCGAGUGUGGUAGUGAAGUGAAACAGACGUGGAUGUGACUUAGUCGAGCAGAGCGGGAUGGUAGAACCGCAGUAGAUAUACCAGGACUUAAAUGCCUUUUAAAAAGUGCCGGAAACACAUGUACAUAAAGUAAAGGAAGGCUAGAACAAACCUAAAGGAUAUUAUGUUGCUGCCAAAAUGAGUAGAAACUCUGCAAAAGAAUCACCCCGAAAAUAAGCCAACAGCACAGCCCAAAAAGUAAACUGGAAAAGUGUUUUCAUCUACUAAACUUAACCAAGAGCAGCACCAAAAUAUGAAAAUCAUAAUGAUGAUGGAUUAACUGUGUUGAGCGCGUGAGACAGCGAGAGUGUGGGAGGAGCACCGGAAGUGGCAGCAGCAGCAGCAGCAGCAGCAGCAGCACCGCAGCAACAUUGCAGCAACAGCAACGGCAAAGGUGAAAUCAGGAAAUACAAACUAACCAUCCAGCACUAUCACAAAACUGCAUAUCUAAUUUCAAACUCUGCUGCCUGGCUUCACUUUCGCUCCUAUCCAACGAGUCCUUCCUCCCAACCGAUCAACAAAAUCCGGCAAGCUGGCGUCGUUCAAGCAGAAGGAUAACAAGAACACCAUAAGCAAUUACAACAACAAUAUAAUGUGGAGUAGUACUAUAUCGCCAACCAACUCUAAGAAACUCUUGAUCGGAAGCACACGAAGCGUUGAUUAUGUCGGUGAUAGUGCGAGGACAGCAGCAGGCAAUAUCAAAACAGGAGCAGCAGCAGCCGCAGGAGCCAAAGGAACAAAAGCCAAAGCCACCGCCAUCGCAGUCACAACCCCCACAACCAAGAUCUCAAUCGAAAUGGAGCUCCACAUACAGAAUAAGUGCAUCUCGGCAUAGCGCAUCACUCUGGAGGGUGGUGCGGAGCCGCCAUGGCUGCAGGGCCCCCUUAAAGCCGCGUUUUUGGGGGCUACUGGGGUCGGCAAAACAAGCAUACUACAGCAAUUUUUCUACCAUGACUUUCCCAGGACUCAUCAGACGACAACUCAUCGCAAGAUUUACAAAAACUGUCUGGUCUGCGACACCUGCAUUCGGGAGCUGAUGGUACUGGACGUUCCUCCCCAGAAGCGAUUUCCGGCUGACAACUUCGCCGAGUGGAACAACGGACAUCCGCUGGGGCUGCGAACGGUUCACGCCUAUGUCUUGGUCUACGACAUGGGCAACUUGGAGACCUUUCAAUACUGCCGCUCGAUGAGGGAUCAGAUCUUGGACAGUUUCAGUCAUCGUGAUUUUAGCAUAAUUGUGGUCGGCAAUAAAUUUGACAAUGUGACUGAGGCGCAGGCCAACUCGCAGGAGCUCAAGGAUAUUUCCACGCUGGUGCGCAAACAUUGGCGCUGCGGCUACGUCGAGUGCUCGGCGCAAUAUAACUACAAAAUCGGAGACGUUUUCCGUGAGCUGAUGGGCUGCACCAGCGCGGGAGGAGGCGGCGCCGGCGGAGGCGUGGCCGGGGUCGGUGGCCUGGUUGGCACUGAGUACUCACAAUCAACUAGGAAUAAAGGACGCUGUACAAUACUGUAGCAAAAGUUGCAUAAGUUUUAUAAGCAAAGGCGCUGAUCUGGCGCAUUACAUCCAAGUGAAUUCGUUGCGAGCUGCUGCAGCUGGGACGCGGUGGCGUAUACGCAAUCUCCAGGGAGGAAGCACAAAGACGACAUUGUUGCCCCUCGCCAACGCUUGCUGAUGCAUAUUUUACCAUAUAUUUUUAGUGGCCACACUCCGCACAGCUCCUCCUUUGUUUGCCAUUAUUACAACCUUUUUCUGGCUGUUUCCAUGGACGCUUUUGCUGUGCUCAUUUUAAUGGCAAUGGCAACGCCACACGGAGGACCCGUUUGGCCAGCACCCAGCACCCAGAUCCCGAUCCUGACGACAGCUUUUGUGCGUCCGCAUUUGCAAUUCAAUGCCGUUAGCUGGCAGGAAGCGUAGUGGCCAUGAAUAUGCAGCGAUAUCCGCAAAGUGCAGCCACAAUUGUCGGCGAAAGUUUGAUUCCUUUGCGGCUAUUAUCAUCGUUGUGGUUAUUAUUUCUGUCGUGGAUCGUAAGUAGGCAAUUAAUCCCACCAUAAUUUACAAUACGUUUUAUGUACGAACGAAUAACCUUGUUAUCAAACCAACUAAAGACGUAUAGGAACUAAAGUAGUCGACCUAAGCUAUACACAUAUACUUAAGCAUGUAUGUAUACAUUAACGUUGUGAUCAUUUCAAGAAUUAGUUCUUAAGGCACACCGACCCAGAACGUCGGCUAAUGUCAAGCGAAGUCAAGUAUCCGAAUCGGGAUUACCACAAAUAUUUAGCUAUAGGACAACAUACGAGUAAGAGCCAUUUAAUAAAUAGCCCUAAGUAAACACUUAAAGCGAUUGAAUGCGGUAAAAUCAAACAGUCACAAUCAUCCCAUGAAAAUCCUCAACAGGCCUGCUCCAUAAUCCAUAAAUAUUCUCUGCGCACCAGAGCCACCUUCGAAAAUUACUUGAAAUUAAUUACAAUCGGAAUCUGACAUCAAGAUAAUGUAAUGUCCCAUCCCUUAAGCCACAAAGGCCAUAUGUAUAAUUUGCCAGUGUUACGAAAUCGAGGAGCCGUGAUCCAGAAGCCUUAAGAACCCAGAAGCAAAUACUUCAUAGAACACCUUAGAGUAAAGUAAGAUUACAACUUGAUCGAAGCGCACAAAACCGAGAUUGUGUUACCAUCGCAUCCUCGAAAUUGUCAGACCCCAUAUUGAUGGUCGAAAGCAACAUCUGGGCAUAGAAGUAUCAAUAUCGCCGAUCUAUUAGCUAGGUACAGUAUCCGCUGGCAAUGGCCAAGUUAAUAAGGUUCUGUGCUGAGCUACGAAACACGCGCAUACCAUUCUGAUCUCUUUCUUUACCUCAAGAAAACAACUCAAACUACUCAACAGAAAAGCAAUCAAGGCUGACUUUGUACAUAGAGAUUUCAAUGGAAGAACUUGGCGAAAAGCUACGAAAACCGACUUUUACAGCAAUAUAAGUAAGCUCUAACUGAUAUUCAAGGUAGAUAACUGGGCUCACUGCCAGGAUUGGUUCCACUCUCAGUUGAGUGCUUGGCUAAGAUUCUAAGAAUAGCUGAGGUAAAGAGUAUCUUGAAAUAAUUUUACGACAUUAUUUCAAGGUUAAGCAAUGCAAAGUCGAUAAUAAUACGAGGGGACUAGCCCAUUAUUGUUAUACAUACAUAUUAUUAUUAAUAUACAUUUUGCGGCUCCAAAGGGGAGGGGGUAAGGUUUCAAAGGCCAGAAGAAGGCCUUGUUUUGCGAUUUUAUUCUGAAAAUAUGUAAGCUUUAGUUAUUCUUCUUGUUAAUAAGGUUGCACACGGUUACUUGGUGUAUUUUGCCCAAAAUACAUAAGUAAACACCAGGGCUCCUGGCGCCUCUUCAAAAAAUAUGGCUUGCGUCAGAAUCGUAGGAGAUUACAGGAUUAGAAAAAAUAUAAACUUUACGUCGGUAAUCACA